AUGGCACUGUUAGCGCUGUCUCUGGGUUACUUUCCUGUGCUAACCAGGUAUUUGAGCCCCCCUUCUAUGUUUAAUGAGGUAAAAUUAUAUGCACAAUUAGAAAUACUGGAUGGUAAAGCUUGGACAUCAUACCAUGAAAACUGGAUAACAAUAUCUGGUGAUGCUUUGCCUGCAUUGUUGCAAUAAAUAACAGUGUUUAGGGCGAAUGCAUGACUAGGUCCAGGUUCUUGUUAAGAGCCGGUAACCGGUAAUAUUUAUCGGCUAUUCACGUAAAUGUUACCAGCUAUCAUAAUCAAAAUGUUAUUGAGAUUUUAUUCUGAAGCCUUCAACAAUGACGCUUCUGUUCAAAAAUCACAUUUUUUAAAAAAAGUAUUAAUUAUUUUAAACAGUUUUCUCUGAUAAAACAUCGGAAGAAUAUCUACCAGAUGUUUUCACUUUGGAAAUGUAUCAUCUGUUUAUGGAAUUGUGCAUGCCUUUGAGCAUCAUUACAUCACAAACAUCAUCGAGUUUAACCUCCGCCAUGUCUCCUUUCCCCAUUCUUCUGAUCGCCAGUGCAAAAUUCCCAUCAUCCCUCGGUACCUUAACAAGAUGGCGUCCAUGCAUGGACGACCAAAAGGACAAAAAGAUCUUUCGGAAUUUGGUUUUCAACCAAAGAGGCGGAGAAGUGGUGAGUGAAAAUAAAUAUAUUGGCGUUACUUGUACUUGUGUCUGGUGUUUUCUUUUUUCGUAAUUUUCUAAUUAGCAAGUUAAUCGGUGAUAACAUCACGCAUGACCAACAACGAUAUUCUGAAACGAAUGCCGUUUCUUUAAUAGAUCUGUUUCUUUCUCCUGUUAAAAUGCCAUUCAAUGUACACUUAGAGCUGAUUCAAAAUGGUUCAAACCUUUUAAAGUGUUUGAAAUAUAGCAUAAAAGAAACGUUGUAACUGUUGCCCAAUUACAAUACCCACAGUCACGCAAACUGUAAGUGAGAAGGCUAAACAUCCCCUAGCAAUAGCAUGCAUUACUUUCUAGUGUAAUAUUCCACCUUUCGUUUUAAGUUUCCUUCAUGUCAAUGAUUUUUUCUUCUCUAUAGAUGAAUCACACUCUAUUUCUACUGUCACUGAUACAAUCCCUACAACUUCUAUCACGUCUAACACAACCUCAGUAACUGAAUGCAGAGAACUUACCAAAGUGAAGAUCCUCUGUUGAUCUCUCCUUCAGCUCUACAACUGUCCCUGCUUCUAGCAAUGUGCCCAGCAGUAAUGUAAAACCUGUUCCAGCCCAAGAGAUGCUCAAGACAUUAAAAACCUCUUUCGCUGAUGGCAACUUAUAUAGUUCCUAUCACUGCCAAAACAAGUGCAUGAACCUUUCACCUUCUGAGUUGCAAAAACAGAAGGAACUGAAGUUCAAGUUUAACCACAACGGGCUAUUUGCAGACUUCACAUACUGCAAGCAGGCUGGCAUUCACUGGUUGGUUUUCAGUGAACAAACUCUUGGAAUGUUUUGUAUACUGUGCAACAAACAUGGUGCUCAGAAUGAACAUAACAAGUCCAAAACGAUGAAAUUUUGCAAACUAGCUCUAGAAGAACAUGCAGCAAGCAAGCAGCAUCAUGCUGCCAUAACCGCUGAAAUGCUAAGCCGAGUUUCUGCUUUUCAUAAAGAAUAUGUAAACCAGGUAAACUCCAGAGAUGAAGUGCUAUCUAAUGUUUUUCAAGCUUGUAAUUUCCUUGCAAAGAACGAAAUUUCAAACAGGAAGUUUAUCUCCUUUCUUGAAUUUCUUGAGCAAGUGGGACUAAAGGAUAUCCAGUAUUUUAAGCAUCGCUCUGAGUUUUCAGUUAGAGAGAUAUAUCUGACCAUUGGCCAGAUAAUUAAAGAGAUGAUACUUGAACAAGUCCGAGAAGCAGGAAUUUAUGGCCUUUUCGCAGAUGAUGCCACUGACAUCGCAGUAAUGGAACAAAUGGUCACUGAGUAG